GAUUUGUACAUUAUUUGAGACAUACUUUCAAAUGUCAAACAAAUGAGUCUUUGUUUACAAAACAUUUGAAACACUCAAAAGACUCAGUGUUUUGUCGGUCAACGGAUCCCAAGACUAGACAUGAGUUCUUUAAACCAAAGCAACAACGGCUCAAAUGGCAUCAAAUGGAUGUCUUCGUCGACAUUGAGUCUAAUUAACCGCAUAUUUGACACCAUUUUAUUGGUAUCCGUCCUCUCGUACCAGAACUGGACGCUUAGCUAUUACUUGACGUCAUUUAAUGGACACAACAGUCUUUGGUAUUUCCUAUUCUUCGCCGACUUUCUUCUGGCCUUUGUGUUCAUAUCGGGCGCUGUCCUCGGAUGCCGUCAUUACCGCAGAGUUAAUGUCUUAAAGCGAUCGACAACUUUGAACCCGUCCUCAGAUGACAACGGAUUGCAAACAAAUGAACCAAAUGAUAAGAAACGAGUGAAUAAACUAAGAGUUUGUAACAUAACUAUUCCUCGAGUGUUGGGAAGUCUACCACUUCUAUGGAUUUGUUGGCUUUUAUACACAGUGUUGUUGUCGACCAAAAUAUUUGUCCUCAAUUUGCAGAACAUUACUCUCGAGUUAUAUAAGUCAUCCGUAACUCAGGACUCUCGAGUGGAUGCCGAGCCCCACACCAUCCGUCUCUGUCUGGCUCUCAUGACUCUUGUAUUCAUUCUAUGGGUUGACAUUCAUCGCAACCCUAAGAAUAAGCUUUCCCUCGACUGCAUCAAAGAGUUGGACACAAUAACAGUGAUUGAGAUCUUCGACUCAAUCGACUUGUUAGACCUCUUGCUGCCGGACUCUCCCAGAGAGAUGUCAUCGGGUUUACAACAUUCCCAAUGGGUUACAGUAGUGGUGUUGAUGUUGUCCACAAUCAAUCUAAUGCUUCCGACCACUGGAUUAUACCGUUUAAGUAAAAGUGAUUUCGUUUCACAUAAACUCAAUCUCCGAAUGAAUAUUUUACACGAUUCCCUACGAAUACUAUUGGUUAAUCUGCCGUAUCUAUUGCUAAGACUCGCCUUUUGGGUCUCUAUUAACAAAGAAAUCUCAUUAUUCCUCUUCAAAAACGCGUUGUUCGUCUUCGUCCACAUCCGACACAUUGUCACUGAAGUCCAUGAAUACAGAAGUUUAAACAAAAAACCCAAAGAAACUGAAUUAUCAUUAGCCGUGGUCUCCGAUGAGAACAAUUCCCGGAACAAUGGAAUCGAUGAUUAAUCUCUUCAUUUGAAUCUCAUUAAGUCUGACAACGAAUUAUUUUUUAUAAGAUUACUUUUGACGCCAAAGAUAUCGUGACUAUAAUUAUUAAUGCAUUUAAUGUUAUUUCUCAAAAACUGAUGGUUAAAAGUGCCAAACACUUAAAGCCUUUACUUGUAUUGUACUUAUUGUAUAGUACUUCCAAAUGUACUCUAAUUUUUAAUAUUUAUAAAUCAAUUAUAGCUAAUAAUGUUUGCCUUUUUCAUAAAAAUGAAACUCAUUGUAAUUGACACGUCUAUUGACUGCCAACUUAUUAAAUGCAAUUUCCAAAUACAAGAAUAAAUAAAUAUUGAAUUUUUAUUUA